AUGUCGAUGCCUGACGCGGAAGCUCGAGCACGGCCACCCUCUUUAAAUCCUAACAUGCAGGGUCUCUACGAAAAUGCCGAUGCUCACUCGGCUCAAAAUUCCUGUCAAAUCAUAACUCGCUCCGGGCUCUCCAAAGCGAAGCUAUCACUAGGCGACCUCAUUGUAAAAUCCUUUUUUGGCGGCAUCUUCAUUUCCCUUGGAUCACUCUUCAAUCUUGUCGUCGCAGGCGGCUCUCCCAGCCUACGUUCUUCCGACCCGGGUCUCGCGACACUUGUGGCAGCUUUUACCUUUCCAAUCGGCUUUGUUUUGACGAUUUUCACCAAUGUCGAGUUGGUAACCAGCAACAUGGCUGUCAUGAUGUACACAACUCUGCAACACAAGACGUCGUGGUACGACCUUGGAAGAAACUGGGUAGUCUCUUACAUCUUCAACCUCGCAGGGUGUCUGUUUUUCGCAGGAGUUUUUUCCUGGUGGAGUAAUGCGCUAGAGUCCGAUGCGCAAUCCACGUACGCUGUUACUCAGGCAGAGGGCAGAGUGAACAUCAACUGGGGCUAUAACUUUACGAGAGGCAUCGGUUGUAAUUGGCUUGUUGGUCUGGCGGUGUUCAUGUCUUCAAGCUGCAGGGAUGGAUUCUCAAAGAUCGUUGGCAUUUGGAUACCGAUAUGGGCAUUUGUUUGUCUCGGCUAUCAGCACUCGAUCGCAAAUUUCUUCCUUGUUCCCAUUGGCAUGUUUUACGGGACGAACUUUGGCGUUGGAAAGUUCAUCUAUCAAUCAGUCAUCCCCGUCACUUUGGGUAACAUUGUUGGUGGCGCGUUGAUGGUUGGAGUUGUCCUUUGGUUUCUGUAUGGAAUCGAUGGUGACCCGUCAACUCAAGCCUCCGGCAACAGAGAAAUGAAGGAAAGUCAGAGCGAACAUGAAGGGAGCCCAAAUGGACAUAUAUCGCAAACCAGAUAUGGGUUCGUGGAUCGCAACAACCCCAGCACGGACCGUUACGGAGGUGCAAGAGGCGGAAGUGAACUAGACUUGGUAUAA